AUGGAACCAGAUGUGAUACAAAUUGCACCAUACGUCGCGAAAGAGGAAGAUUUUGGGCCACAACUCAUAACAUUAAAAAGUACAAAUAACGUCAAAGAGUUGCAAACAUAUUUACGCGACAAAACUACAUCAAGAAGUGACUUCAUUUUUUAUGCUGAUAGAUUGAUACGUUUGGUUGUUGAGGAGGGCCUAAAUUUGCUUCCAUAUCAAAAAUGCAAAGUGACCACACCAACAGGUCAUGAAUACCAAGGGUUAAAAUAUGAAAAGGGCAACUGUGGAGUCAGUAUCAUCAGGAGUGGUGAGGCUAUGGAACAAGGUCUUCAAAACUGUUGUGGUCCAAUUCGCAUUGGCAAGAUCUUGAUACAGAGUGAUGCCGACACACACGAGGCAAGGGUGCUUUACUCAAAUUUUCCACCAGAAUUUAGUAGCCGUAAAGUACUACUUAUGUACCCUAUUAUGAGUACAGGAAAUACAGUCACAAAGGCUAUGAAUGUCCUUAAGAAUCAUGAAGUAAAAGAAAAAAAUGUCAUUCUCUUAAAUCUUUUUUGUACGCCUCGUGCUGUGAAGUCUCUAAUUUCAUCAUUCCCUGGUAUUUCUAUAGUGACAACAGAGGUACAUCCAGUUGCACCAAACCAUUUUGGACAGAAGUACUUUGGCACUGAAUGA